AUGAUGCGCGCUGUUGGGAUGGAAGUGCCAGAGGUAACAUCACGAAAUCUGGCCGGGUAUGAGGAUGACGCGGCUCAUGAUGAGCAGUUUGAGUUCAGUGAUGAUGAGGCUCCCUUGGAAGCCAUCGCUUACGAAGCUACUGAAGAGGACCUAGAAAGCGAGUGCUUGGAAGAUGACCCAUGCACCUCCUCCAGCAAAGCCUUCGGCAAAGCCGUCGUCGGCACCAAGCAUCUCGCCUGCCAGGAUUGUGCCAAAGAGAUCCUGGAAACCCCGCAGAAAGAGGACCGUAGGGAAAAGCUCGAGAAACUGCAGCUCUUGCUCUUGCAGCUGGCGCGGUUAAGCACCGACAACCUGGACACCCUGCCCCCCAGCGCCACUGCCACGGCGGCGGCGGGCAACUUGGACAAGGCGGGCAUCCUGAAGAAGGAGACUGCGGCGGGUGAGCUGGCGGGCAACUUGCACGAGGCGGGCAUCUUCGAGAAGGAGACGGAGCUGGCAGGCAACAUGGAGAACAAGGCGGGCAUCUUUGAGGAGGGCAUCUUCGAGGAGUCUGCGACGGGCAAGGGCAAGUUGGACAAGAAGGACAUCUUGCAGAAGGAGACUGCCAAGGCGGAGCUGGCAGGCAACAUGGAGAACAAGGCGGGCGUCUUCGAGGAGUCUGCUACGGGCGAGCUGGCGGGCAAGGCGGGCAUCUCGGACGAGUCUGCAACGGGCGAACUGGCGGGCAACUUGGACAAGGCGGGCAUCUUCGAGAGGACUGCCAAGGCGGAGCUGGCAGGCAACAUGCAGAAGAAGGCGGGCAUCUUGGAGGAGUCUGCAACGGGCGAGCUUGCGGGUAACGUGGGCAUCGUAGAUGAGUUUACGAACGGGCUGGCGAGCAACUUGGACAAGGCGGGCAUCUCGGAGGAGUCUGCCACGGGCAAGCUGGCGGGCAACUUGGACAAGGCGGGCAUCUUGGAGGAGUCUGCUACGUGUGAGCUGGCGCUCAACUUGGACAAGGCGGGCAUCUUGGAGGAGUCUGCUACGGGCGAGCUGGCGGGCAACUUGGACAAGGCGGGCAUCUCCGAGGAGUCUUUCACGGGCAAGCUGGCGGGCAACUUGGACAAGGCGGGCAUCUUGGAGGAGUCUGCUGCGGGUGAGCUGGCGGGCAACUUGGCGGCCAACUUGGACAAGGCGGGCAUCUUGGAGGAGUCUGCUGCGGGUGAGCUGGCGGACAACCUGGCGGCCAACUUGGACAAGGCUGGCAUCUUGGAGGAGUCUGCUACGGGUGAGCUGGCGGGCAACCUGGCGGCCAACUUGGACAAGGUGGGCAUCUUGGAGAAGGAGACGGCCAAGGAGGAGCUGGCGGUUGACGACAGCGUGGAGGCGAAGAAGGCGGACUUCAAGGUGGACAACGCGAACAAGCCGGCGGGCAAGAAGCGCAAGGCGGCCAGCGACAAGAACAACGCCGAGGUGGAGCUGGCGGGCGACUUGAAGAAGGGCAAGGGGAAGCGAGCGGGCAAGGCGCGAGGCAAGCCCAUGGUGGGCGAGGUGGCUGAGCAGGCGGGCGUUGCUGAGAAGACGGAAGAGAAGGCGGGCGUUUCUGAGCAGACAGAUGAUGCGGACGCUUCGUGGUUUGGCAAAGUCCCGUUCAUUUCUGCGGAGGAGCAAUGCCCUGGCAAGAAGAGGGGCAGGAAGCCGAAGAAAGCUGAGAAGAACGAGCCGGAGCAGUUGGCAGAAGGCAGCGCGGGGCGGGGGCGCGGUCGUGGGCGCGGUCGUGGGCGUGGCCGUGGGGCCAAGAGUGCGCCGAUGAGGGCAGAGUCUGAUGCCGAUGAUGAGGGGUCGGCGGAGGCUGAUGACAAGGCGGCUGCUGCUGACAAGGCGGCUGCUAGUGACAAGGCGACGGCGACAAAGAAGCGAUCUACAAACGGGCAGGCCGCAGCUGCCCCAGCGAAGGCGGCCAAGACGACUGGCAAAGGCAAGAAGCGCCCGCAUGAGGAGGAGGAUGACGUUCAGCCUGACCCAGCUGCCAGUGGCAGUCGACCUGCCAGCUCUGUGGACCCUGCGGUUGCUGCAAGGAAGAGCCGGCAAUCCCGGAAGUCCUCCGCCUACCACUGCGUGAAAAAGCAGAAGCUCGCGGAGGGUGCCUCGCUUCAGGAAGCUGUCAAUGCUGCCAGGGAGGUGCCUUGA